UGGUCUCUGUGACGUUCACACAAAUGGCAAUAAAAAAAAGAAUAAUUAAUCAGUAUAGAAAUGUAAACACAUUACAGGUUUAGUUAAGUAAUUAGCCAGGAUCAUUUGCAUUUUUUCCCCUUUUCAUAGUUGCUUUUUUUGUAGUGUAGUGAGCUGUAGUGACCAUUGAAACUAAUUAAUAUCCUGUGAGAGCUAAAACACUUAGUCUCACAGGAUAUUACUUAAUUAAAUUCACCGUUGUUUGUUGUUUAGUCUAAGUGGAACAUUCUAGCCGUGGUGUGGGUAAGCCGGUUGGGGGACUGCAUCAGUUAUGUUAAGGUGGUUGAAGUGUUGCUCCACAGGAAGUAGCUGAGCAAAGCUGAGAGAACUUGCACAGCCAUGGACGCUUGUUAUCAUCUGCUUCUAGUCUUUCUACUGGCUGGGUUUUGUUCAUCUGAAAAAUCUCCAGUUCGUAUCUUUGCUAAUGGGCCAGCUCCAGGCAAACCACAAAAUGUCAGUAAGAAUGAUACAGAAGUUCAAAUGGCUGUCCUUACUGCAACCUACUCCUUCAACAAUAAGUCCAAUGAUGCCUUCUUUUUUAAGGCUUCAGCCAUUGAUAAGGCACAAAGACAAAUUGUCAAAGGUAUAAAGUACAUUCUCAAAAUUGAGAUAUCUCGGACUAUGUGUAAGAAGAGAGAGGCUAAUGCUGACCUUGCUAAAUGUGACUUCCAGCCAAAAGAUGAUGCAUUGCAACAGACUUUUCGCUGUAACUUUGAAGUGUGGGCCAUACCAUGGCAGAAGACGAUGAAGACCACAUAUUUCCUUUGCCUUCCUUCAAACAAGUAUUACUAAUAACUAUGCAUCUGAAUGUGCUUUGAAUUUGAGUUAAUUGGCUAAGAAUAAAAUACUCAAUUGGUAUGUAUAAUUGAAACGUACCUUCAAUGAUCAUGCAUAAUGCCUAGUUAUUGUCUGUCCUGAUCAUAUAGCUGGAAUAUAUAGUCUGGUUGUAAUCUUCUGUAAGAGAAAAGCUUAUGCUAGAGCUAUGUUGGGUACUACUAUGUUGGGUAAUAAAGAUCAGUCCGUACA